GAGGUGCUAGGCGAGGACAAGCUCAUGGCCAUCCUGAAGGAGCGAGAGUUGAAGAUCUACUGGGGGACGGCCACCACGGGCAAGCCCCACGUGGCCUAUUUUGUGCCCAUGUCCAAGAUUGCAGACUUCCUGAAGGCAGGGUGUGAGGUGACCAUACUCUUUGCUGACCUCCACGCUUACCUGGACAACAUGAAGGCUCCCUGGGAGCUGCUGGAGAUGCGCACCCGCUAUUACGAGAGCGUGAUCAAAGCCAUGCUGGAGAGCAUUGGGGUGCCCCUGGAGAAGCUGAAGUUUGUCCGAGGCACUGACUACCAGCUCAGCAAGGAGUACACCCUGGACGUGUACCGCCUCUCCUCCCUGGUGACCCAGCACGAUGCCAAGAAGGCAGGAGCAGAGGUGGUGAAGCAGGUGGAGCACCCUUUGCUCAGCGGCCUGCUCUACCCAGGCCUGCAGGCUCUGGAUGAGGAGUACCUCAAGGUCGAUGCACAGUUUGGAGGAGUCGAUCAGAGGAAGAUAUUCACCUUUGCAGAGAAGUACCUGCCCUCCCUGGGCUAUGCCAAGCGCAUCCAUCUGAUGAACCCCAUGGUUCCUGGUCUGACUGGCAGCAAAAUGAGCUCCUCAGAAGAGGACUCAAAGAUUGACCUUCUGGACCGCAAGGAGGAUGUGAAGAAGAAGCUGAGGAAGGCUUUCUGUGAGCCAGGGAACGUGGAGAACAAUGGUGUCCUCUCCUUCAUCAAGCACGUCCUCUUUCCCCUCAAGUCAGAGUUCGUGGUUCUGCGAGAAGAAAAAUGGGGAGGAAACAAAACCUACACAGCCUAUGAGGCCCUGGAGAAGGACUUUGCUGAGCAGGUCGUGCAUCCUGGGGACCUGAAGAACUCGGUGGAGGUGGCCCUGAACAAGCUGCUUGACCCCAUCAGAGAGAAGUUCAACAGCCCAGAGCUGAAGAAGCUGACCCUCGCAGCGUACCCCAAAGCCAAGCCCGCAGAGAAGCACCCCAAGAACUCCGAGCCGGAGAACGCGGUGAUCCCAUCCCAGCUGGACAUCCGGGUGGGCAAAGUGAUCAGUGUGGAGAAGCACCCGGACGCUGACAACCUGUACGUGGAGAAGAUCGACGUGGGCGAGCCCGAGCCCCGCACGGUGGUCAGUGGCCUGGUGCAGUUCGUGCCCAGGGAGCAGCUGCAGGACAGGCUGGUGGUGCUGCUCUGCAACAUGAAGCCCAAGGCGAUGAGGGGGGUGGAGUCGCAGGGCAUGGUGCUGUGUGCCUCCAGUGUGGGUGAGCCAAAGCCACCAGCCGGCUGCAGCGCUGGUGAGCGCAUCUACGUGGAGGGCUACGAGGAUGGGGACCCCGAGGACGAGCUCAAGCCAAAGAAGAAGGUCUUUGAGAAGCUGCAGGCCGACUUCCGCAUCUCUGAGGACUGUGUCGCCCAGUGGAAGGAGAGAAACUUCCUGACCAAGCUGGGGACAGUCUCCUGUAAAAGCCUGAAGGGUGGGAGCAUCGGCUAA